CUCUGGCCAGGCCUGGGUUCAAGCUGGGAGAUGGUCAGGCCUUGGGUCAGACAGCGGGAGGUCAAGCAUGGAGCCAGGGGUGGGGGCGGUGGAGCCCCAAGAAAGGCUUUCAGGAGGAGGACCAGGCUGACGAGAUGGUAGCGGGUGGCAUUGGUGCCAGCAGGUUUCUGGGAGGGGAGCCCAGGUGGCCAGGACCAAGAUCUACUCACCAACAUGAGUCACCCCCGGCCUCAGCGGGGCAUUUUUCUGGCUUCCCGUGAAACAUCCCAUUCCUGAACAUCUGCUGUGAGGUGCCAGGCCGUGCUGCUCGCCCUUGUCCUGCCUCCAGGGCCUGGGCUUCCUGGAGGAGGUGGGCAGGAAGGGCCCUGGGCUGAGCAGGCCCUUCGGAGGACAUUUCCUGCCCGUGGAGCACGUGGAAUACCCUCUGGGUGGGACGUGUGGGAAGCCAAGUGGCUACGCAUGGCAUUGCCUCAGCACUCGGGUGAGGCUGGGAUGCCGGGGCGAGGAGUCAGCGGCAAGGCCAGCGCUGGGCACCGGGAUGUUUCCGGGGCUGGGCAGAGACGGUGGGAGGAGGAAGCCAAGCUGGACUCGCAGGACGGACAGGUCCCGGUGCCGGUCCUCCCCUGACUGGCCACUGGGCAGGCCGGGCUCCCGUGUGGGCAGACAUGCCGGUAGCCUGACUGUGUGGUGACUCAGGUGUACCAGGCUCCUGCCCCCUGCCCCGUGGCCAGCCCCCGUCAGAGGAAGACCCCACCCAGGCCAGCCACAGAAACCUGUCGGACCAGCCCAAGAGGCUUCAGCCUGCCAGGGCGGUGGGAAUAAGGAGAAGCCUCUCUGGCCUUUGGCUUCUGCCCAGCCAGGUGGUGAGGACCCUGGGGGUCCAGCCCGGCCUCAGCCCUUCUCGACACACCGCGUUCUGCUGUGUCCAAUUCAGUGAGCUGGCCCUGGCACUGCCGCCAGGCGGAUGCCAGGAGGAGGUGGCUCUGAUGACAGUGUCCAGUGCUGCUCAUGGUGCCCCUCAGAGAACCUCCGGGUGCCCCCUGUGUAUGAGUGGGGCUCUCCACAGCUAUGCUCGAGGCCUCCUUGGGGUCUCGUGGGGCCGGCCACUGCUCCAUGAUGGGAACACGAGAGACCCAGCCCAGGCAGGGAGGAAGGUGCUGGAGCGAAGCCACGUGGAUCCUUGCGCGGUGACUGACGAGCAGGACCCCUCCCUCAGGGCCCCGGGCCGGUGGGGGUCCUGGCGGACUUCCUGGAGGAGGUGGUGCUUGAACUGAGCGAUUGCCCAGGUGAAGAUCCGGAGCUUUUCCAGCGUGAGGUGUGGGGGUACGAGUGAGGGUGGAGUGAGGAAGAGUCGGGGCGGAUGAGGCUGGAGGACAGGCCGUGAGGAGUGGUGAAGCCAGGCCUGGUGGGGGGUGUGGAGCCGGGUCUCAGCAUGAAGAAGCGGGGGCAGGGCGCAGUGUGGGGGCGCCUUAUCUCCUGCCAUGUUGGUAGUGUAGCGGAUCCAGUUGCAAGUGCUUUGUGGCUGAAAGGGGAACCUGCCCGCCUGGAGCCACCACCUGCCUCCCUGCUGACUCGGGCUCGGCCAGUAACGCGAGCCCCAGGGAAGGAGCUGUAGGGCGCCCAGGGCCCCCCCACCGACUCUGGUCACCCUCUGGCUGGGCAUAGCCAGCCAGCGGAGGAGCGGAUGCAGGAUGCUGCAGUCCAAGGGCAUGAGGAGGCGCCGGCCGCUGGGGUCAGGCGGGGAGACUGCAUCGUCUGCUAUUCGGCCUACGACCUCACCCAGCACCUGCCCCGCCACCUCUACUGUGGCCACACCUUCUGCCAGGCGUGCGUGAGGCGGCUGGACACGCCCGCCCACGGGCAGCGCCGGAUUCCCUGCCCUCAGUGUCGCCAGAGCACACCCACGCCGCGCGGAGGGCCGGCCAUGCUGGACCUCGACCUGGCCGCCUUCCUGGCCAUCGAGGCAGAGCGGGAGCCAUCUCGAGUGGACCCGCAGCCCCACGCCAUCACUCGGCAGCCGGCGGGGCUCCGCCUCCCCUUGAGCCCCCAGCCCCGCUGGCCCCGGACCAGUCGUUGCUGCUGGGCCUGCAGCAGCUCCUGCUGGGCGCCCCCCCGCAGCCCGGAGUUCUAAGCUGGGGCUGCUGCGGCUCUUUGGGUGGGGGUACCCUGCAUGCCUGUCCUGGAGGCGCCACCACUCACAGCGUCCUGGGCGCUGCCGCACACGGUUGCCCUGGGCCACAGCCAAAGGUCAGCACUGCGAAACUCCGCUGGGGGCCGAUGACCGCCCGCCAGAUCCGGCCAGGGCUGGGGGCACUGUCGUCAGAGUCGCCUGUCAGCCCAGCCCAGGCUCGGACUCGGCUCAGAAGAUGGCUCCCCAAAGGGUCUGAUGGCCAGUCGCCGGGGCCCGGGCUGCAUGCCAGAGGGCAGGGCCAGGCCAAGGCUGUUCCUGGUCGGCUGGAGCAGGUCCCCCUGCCCUGUGAACUGUCCCCGGAGGCAGCCCCGUGGAGCUCCUUCACUCAGCUCAGUGAGGCCCCUGUGGGUCGGGUGCUGUUCCCGGAGGGUUCCCUGCAGGCACUACUGUGACAAGAGUCCAAGAAUAGGGCCCUUGGCAGGGUCGGCCCCAGGCCCAGAGAAGGCGGGGGCCUGCCUGAGGUGGCACCGCACAGCAGGGCCAGUCCCACCCAGGCCCAUUCCCGCGGCUCAGCUUCCUUCUGCUUCCCAGGGGACAUCACUCAGGCCCUUCUGAGGGGCGCAUCCAGUGUUGGAGGCUACAGGCGCAGACACUCCCAAAUCAGGCUGUGAUAGUCCUGUCCCCUUCCCCAGAAGGAGCUGUCACUCAGGAGCCCCUGGGAGGGACGGCUGGGCCCCACCCUGGGCAAGAGGGGGAGGGACGAGAGAAUUCUCUGAAAAGACACUCAGGAGCCUCCUUCCCGGGGCAAAGUCCCCCAGGCGUGGAGCGAUUGGUGGGCAGCAGGCAGGGCGCUAGAGCCGGCAGGCGGUGUCGGGAGGCGCCCCAGCCCUUCCUCCCGGCAUCCCAGGAGCAGGAGGGGCACUGGCCUAAAGAAGUGCACCCGUGAGCCAUGGGCCCAUCAGGGCCCGGCUGUGAAGAGAACGGGCUGGGUCCCACCUCCUGGCCCCGGCGAGGCCAGCAGAGGGCCAGGCAGCAGUGUGCCGUGGGGGUGGGGCCGCUGUCUCCCCGCUGGCAGAUGGAGGCAUAACACCCUGGCUGGUGCUGGCCGCCACUGGGGCUGAACCUGCUGGGAGCUCUGCAGGGCCCAGCCCUGCCUCGCACCCGGAUCUAACCUAGGCGACCUCAGGAGCUGGUGCUCUCCCCACCCAAGUAGUACAAAGGGCUGGCUUCCCGCUAUCUGACGGGGCGGGGACGAUAAGGCCUGCGGAGCUCCAGACAGACUUCCGGAAGGCCCCAGGCUGACCGGCUGAGCACCGGCCUGCUGCCCUGCCCUCGGCAGGCCGCAUGCAGUGUCCACUAGUGUCACGCAGGCACCUGCUUGUGGAAGUCCAGCACUAAGGGCCGGUGCCCAGCCCUGCAAUGCCCUUGGCCUGGCUGGGGGCCUGGGGCGCCUGCCCUCGGUGACAGAGGGGCCUGGAUGAGGCAGGUGCCUGGGGCUAUGAUGGGUACCCCUGGGGGCCUCAGCUCCUGGGUAAACAUUAAUGGGGCUCAGUGCACAGCAGGUCAUGUGUGUUCCUAGUGGAUCUUUGACCCGCGGCUGCUCUCGCCCCGAGCCUCCUCCCCGCAGGUACCCCUUCACUGCCCACACAGGUAGGAGCAUGUAGAACCAGGAGGGGCCCAGGGACACUGGGGCCAAGGCUGGGUGACCUUCAGGCCCAGGGCUUACCACCCGCCCAGAGCGAGAAACCAGCCCGUGGGGCAAGCAGGGAGAGGGCGACAGAGAGUCCCCAAGGUCCGGGCGCUGGGGGCU